UUCAGCCUCUUGAGCGCCGUGUAUUUCUGACUGCCUGUAUAACGACCUUAGAGAAAAUUAACGGUAGUAGCGGCAACGAACUAGCGAAACCUUACGUGUUCAAGGGUUGCAACGAACAGACAUCCAGAUUUAUGCAUCCACGAUAGGAAUAAAUAAUUAAGGAAUGUGGACAUUACAGAAUGCCCAACAGCGCUGGAAAGAGAUUUAAACCCACCAAAUAUAUCCCGGUGUCCACUGCAGCUACUCUUCUUGUUGGAUCCACCACUUUAUUCUUCGUUUUUACGUGCCCCUGGCUUACGAAGGCAAUCUCCCCAGCUGUGCCCCUGUACAAUGGCAUCGUCUUCCUCUUCGUUCUGGCCAACUUCAGCAUGGCUACCUUCAUGGACCCUGGCGUCUUUCCCAGAGCCAACGAAGACGAGGACAAGGACGACGACUUCCGGGCGCCGCUCUACAAGAACGUGGAGAUCAAGGGCAUCCAGGUGCGCAUGAAGUGGUGCGCCACCUGCCACUUCUACCGGCCGCCGCGCUGCUCUCACUGCAGCGUGUGUGACAACUGUGUGGAGGACUUUGACCACCACUGCCCCUGGGUGAACAACUGCAUCGGGCGGCGCAACUACCGUUACUUCUUCCUCUUCCUGCUGUCCCUGAGCACCCACAUGGUGGGCGUCUUCUCCUUCGGCCUGCUCUUCGUGCUCCACCAUCUGGAGCGGCUGGGCGCCCUGCACACCACUGUGACUCUGGUGGUCAUGUGCAUAUCGGGGCUGUUCUUCAUCCCCGUCGUCGGGCUCACCGGCUUCCAUAUGGUGCUUGUUGCCAGGGGUCGCACGACAAACGAGCAGGUGACUGGAAAGUUCCGCGGAGGAGUGAAUCCAUUCACCCGUGGUUGCUGUGGCAACGUGAAGUAUGUUUUGUGCAGUCCCCUGGCUCCCAGGUACAUGGUGGCUCCCAAGAAGAGGCCCGCCGUGCCGAUCCAGCCGCCUUUCCUGCGGCCAGACCUUUCCGACAGACAACUCACCAUCAAGGUCAGCGACAAUGGGAUCCAUAGCAGCAUCCUCCGGACAAAAUCUAAAAUCAGUCUUGCUGACCUGGAUGACAAAGGCAUGGAGAUGCAGCCACCUCUUCCCCCAAAAGCUGACCGCUACAACCAUCUGAAGAACCAGCUGACAUCCAGUGAGGAGAGCUCCUUGUCCAGUAAUCCAGUGAACCCUUCUACCCCAGCCAUGUACAAGUACCGCCCCUCUUUUGGCACCAUGCCCAAAGUACACUACCAUGCAGCUGGAGAGAAGAUUGUAAUACCGGAUGAUUGUAACACAUCUGCCAUCUUGGAGGAGAGCGGCCGGGGCCACGACUACCGCUCGGAGCCCAACCUGGACCUCCCCGACUACAGCAGCACUCCGCUCCACCGCACCUUCCAGUCCUCGCCCCUGCAGCUGGACCAGUACAGCAUCAACUCGCGCUCGCUCAGCCUCAAGCAGCACCGGCACGCGGCCGACAAGGCCCGGGGCCUGGGGAGCGGCCGGGCGGAGGCGGUGGGGGCCGCCGCUGCCGCUGCGGCGUCAGGCGCGUCCUACAAGGGCGUCUACGCGCCGGGGACGCUGUCCAACCGCAACGGGAGCCUGUCGUACGACAGCCUGCUCAGCCCCAGCUUCGCCUCUCCGUCGCAGGCGUCGUCGUCAUCGGCGGCGGGGGAGUGCGUGGUCCACCCCGGCGUGCCUUCCAUGGGCUUCCACUCCCCCUACCUGCCCACGAAAAUGUGCCACGUGCGGGGGCCCGAGCUCCAGCGGCACGCGCCCCCGCCGGUCACCGCCACCGUCACCGCCUCCUACAGCCCCGUGCGCAUCGGAGGCUUCAAGGGCCGGCGCUCGCCGCACCCGCAGCAGCACCCGCAGCAGCACCCGCAGCAGCACCCGCAGGAGCGCGACCCCUCGCCCGUGCGCUACGACAACCUCUCCAAAACCAUCAUGGCCUCCAUCCAGGAGCGCAAGGAGCUGGAGGAGCGCGAGAAACUCAUGCACCUGCACGGCCACCGCCAGCCGCCGCUGGCCAGCUACGCCGUGGCCUCCGCCGUGGCCGCCGCCGACUCGGGCGUGUUCGACGCCUGCAGCUACGGACUGCCGCCCAGCGCCUGCUACGCCGACGGGCCCCGGGGCCCCGGCUCGCAGGGGGGGGUCGUCGCCGUGGGCUACGGCGGCUCGCGGGAGAACCUGGUGGGGUCGGUCGGGGGGGUGAUGGGCUACGGGGCGCGGACGCCCAUCCUGCGCUCGGCGGCCUCCUCGCUGGCGCGCGCCCCCAGGACUUCCUCCAGCUCGCUGCACACGGACGGCCGGACGGCCGAGCCGGCGUCCUACCGCUCGCCCGGCCACCAGCCGCACCACUCCCCCGCGCCCAUCCCCCGCUCCCCCUCCUACUCCCACCAGAAGGUCUCCUUCAUUAGCGCCCUGGAGAGGAGCGACUCGCCACGCAUGGGCUCCCCCAGAGAGGACAUGGCCCAGGGGAAAAUUAAUGGACAACCUAAGGGUCAAAUGCGAGACUGCCACCUAGGGACAUCCUCCGGUACCCCGGGCACCCCCCUCAGCCCCGCCCGACACACCAGUGUGAAAAAGGUGUCGGGGGUGGGGGGCACCACCUACGAGAUAUCUGUUUGAGAAUGGCAGGGUCUCGCUCCCAACUACCAAGCCCCCCCAGCCCAACGCCACCCACAGGAGGUAGCACUGCCAAGGCAAACACCACCACCACCACCACUACGCGUGCUAGAGGAGACAUGGGUCGUGGCCUUUCCUUUUUUAACCUCAUCCGAACACUGUACAUUGACCUAUCAGAGGCUGGCAAAACCGUUACCAAUAACAAAACGACUGCCAAAGUAGACAUCCUCUGACCUCUGUGGUUUGGCCCAGUGCAUGUGUGUGUGUGUGUGUGUGUGUGUGUGUGUGUGUGUGUGUGUGUGUAAGUGUGUGUGGGCACAAGUGUCAAUGGUGGAAAACGUCAAUAGCUGUGCUCCCUGGCUUAUGUUGUGGUCUUACAUGCCCUCAGCAAAAAAAAAGAAUAAAAAAAGAAAAAAGAAAGAAAUCGAUGAAGGCACUUCUGUGUUGUCGAGAAGUUGCUCAAGUAGCGCACAUACGCUAGAGCUGGGUGGGCAAUGAACGGCGACGAGGCUAAUCGUAGCCUCUUUUCUUUAAAGGCUAGUUAUCUGUGUCUAUUUUCUCUGUCCAUUCUCAGGUAAUGUUAUAUUACCAUGAUGGAGAAAGAUAAGGUGCUCACAGUGCCCAAUUGAGUCCAUUUGUUUUCUUUUUUGUACAUCCCCCAUUCAAAUGUAUAUGGUAAUGUUAUAAAGACUUUAAACGCAUUUCUUCUUGCUAACAUAUUUGUUGCUUCUGACAUUUGUAUUAUUUUCAGUGUUUUUAACCCAGUCCUUGAGAAUCUGUUAUGUUGAAGCAUUACCAGUACUCGUGUGCAUUUAAUGCAUAUCCAUAGUUUGUAAGCUAGUCUUUUGAAUGAGAUUUGUGUUGUUUUCAUGAUUUUUUUUUUUUUUUUCCUAAACUAUGCGUUCAAAAGAGAAACAAUGUUCCUAAACUAUUGCAGGUCCUCACACAUCAUUUGCACUGAUAUACUCAGCACAAGAUAUCUGUACCUCCAGGCCUUUGCCCCAAGCUAAUCUACAGUAUUUCUUUGGCGAUUGUAGAUUGGUCUUCUGACAUCAUACAAAUUCCAUGACUUGGCUGACCCAACAGGGGGUGCUAACGUGCGUCCGUGUCAGUAUCAGUCUCAGUUCAGUGUGGCACUCAACCAUGAGCAAUCAUAAAGGCUCAUUGUCUAUUUUCUUUUUAAAUUUAGUUAUUUCUUGGAACAAAUCUAAUGCAGCGGUUGAUUGCAUUUAUUAAACGUCUCUGUAUUUAUUUUUAUACCACAUCAAUGGAAUGGAUAAAUUUGCAAUAGAUAUUCACAUGUGAUCCAUAGCUACAUGGCCUAUUCAAGCAUACAGGUCCAGCAUUGCUGUUUUUUAUGAGUUUGAUUUUUUUUUUAUACCCAACCUUUCAAUUGUUUGAUACAUCCUGCUUUUUAUACAGAUAUUCAAUUAAAGCGUGAAUGUUUGUAUUUUGAGUGGAUUUUGUGCAUAAUUUAAAUAAUUUAAAUGAAUGGAAAAAAAAUAAGCACUCAAAACCAACAUUUGGGUUAUAGAAGGUAUAAUUGUAUGUUGAACUAUUUUGCAGUGUAUUAAAAAAAAUAAAAAAGGAUAAGAACAUAUGAGGCAAUGUACUCCAUGGGUUUGAAUGUUGUAACAAGCCUUGAUUUGGGAUGUGGCCUGAUAUGAUAACAGACCUGUCGUACUCACACAGCUGUUUUUUGUUUGUUUGUUUGUUUGUUUUUGCAUACCUGACUGCCUGUAUUUUACAUGUAAGUCUCAUCAAAAUGUCCCAGACAAAAAUUCCUUGCCAUUUUCAAAGGCUGUCUGGCACAGCAUACGUACAUAUAUUAUGUAAUGUGUAAAUUCAUGGAAAUUGCAGGAUUUUUGUUGAAAUGAAGAUUUCCUUUCUGAAGAAAUAUAGUUUGAUAUCAAGGUACACAUUAUUAUUUUUUGUUCAUCAAAAAUAUCUAAUUAAAUAUAGCUUGAACGUU